CCGGUAAUUACAACUGGAACAAUAAAGUUCACACUUUCAAAUUCCCGAGAGACGACGACAUGCGUAGGAAGUGGUUAUCUGCGAUUAAUAGGGAUGGUUUCAUUCCUACGAAAUAUUCUGUGGUAUGCCAUCGUCACUUCACAGAAUCCGACAUCCGCCGUUAUGCUAAAUAUUAUGACAAAGCGAGAAACAGAACACUUGCAGUCAGGCUUGACAAACCCAGACUGCAAGAGGAUGCCAUUCCGUCGGUGUUUGCAUGCUGGCCCAAUAGAGGAACAACAAAGUACAACGUGAAGGAAACUGCACACGGGCACGCCUUGUAUCUGUCUGAUCACACUUACGCUCGGCCUUGUCCUUCCAAAUCGAAGACAAAUUAUGGAGAUGUUGCAGAUUCUAGCCCAAGUUGGACAGCAGAAAGACACCAGCUUGUAGCUAAAGGACCUAACGAGAAAGUCUCUCACUGUGGAAGUCCUGCGGUGCCAAGUUGUUUUGCAGAAUUUGAAUUUGGGGAUAAGGUGAUAGAGCUGUUUGGUCUCGAUAAUGUAUCGGCUGAUGCAAAUAGUCUCAAGGAAUUUGGGGAUAAGGUGAUAGAGCUUUUGGGUCUCACAAGUGUAUCAGCCGAUACAAAUGGUGCCAAGGUUUCUACGUUUCAGAAUGAUCAUGAAUCAGCACAGAUAAUAAUCAAAGAGGAAAUUGAUUGUGACACUGACAACGGUUCUGUCAACGACUUGGAUUCUCCGUAUUUUGCAGAUGAGGACAGCAGUGUUUCCGCCGCCUGCAAAUCCAAAGUCACGAGAGGGAGAGACGGGCUCAGCAGUUGCACCAGCUGCUUGCCGCGGGCUCACCAAUCUGCCGGCCCUCCGUCGUCUCGGAGUCUGUCCUGCAGCCAGUAUCACUGUGCAGUGUUUAGAUGUGUUACCAACGCCCGCAAGAUGCCAGGUGUCGUGUGUCACUCUUUCCCCAAAGACGAACACUUGCGGUGCGAGUGGAUCGCGAGGUGCAGGCGGCCCGACGUAAUCAACGCGAGAACUGCGCGGGUGUGCUCUGUACAUUUUCGGCCGGAGGACUACGUACGAGAUUUGAGAAACGAACUUCUCGGAUUACCCUUGAGAAAGAAAUUAGUACCCACAGCAGUACCCUGUCUGAACAUUCCGAGGUGGGACGAAGGUGAAAUUGUGGAAUGCAGGGAUGAGAGCAAAAAGGUGUGUGAACAGCAUUUUCACCCUCAUGAAAUUAUAACAACAUCUCAAGAUAUCAGAAGAAAUGGAGACGUUCCUCGCACACUUGCAAGACCAAGUUUGCUUUCAACAGCAGUUCCUUCUGUUUUUCCAAAUUGCCCUCACUAUUUGAGCAAACCUUCAAGCUACAGAAUUGGCCCUGAGAGAGGAGGACGCAGAAGAAAGAAGCUACGUCGCUGUGAUUACGAUGACAGUGACAACAACAACGUGGAUGCUGUUGCACACAAAAUACCAGUGAACCCUCGGGAUGUGAUCGUAAAAGACGAAAUAAUUGUAAAGAGAGAAGUCGAGUCUGAUUCUGAAGAUGUGGUGGACACAGGUAGACAACAGGAAUUUGAAUACUUGUCAGUCAGGGAGGAACCAUUAGAAGACCCUGAUGAAUCCACGUUGUCAGCAAAUGAAGAGUCAUGUGAACAAGUGGGUCAUGAUCAGGAACUGCCAGUUAUCAUCAAAGAAGAAAUUGACUGUGAUGAUUACACCGAUCCACUCAGCUUUUGAGAAGAGGUCAACACGAGGCCCUGGAGCUACACGAAGAAGACAACUCGCAAAGCCCGGGAGCUACGUGAGGAAGACGUUUCGCCACUGACGUGGAGACGAGUAGUGGUAACAGCUCGGAGAAUGACGUGUGCUGUUGCCGAGUGCUGCACCGGAAUCUCACAAGUCAGAAGAGUACGAAACUCGGACGAUACGUCGUGGAGACGGAAGAAGUAUUCGUAACGUGUACCGAGCACGUGUCUGAGUGUCCUCGGACCCUACACUGCCGCCAUUGUAAUUGGGCACGUACAGUCUCGUACACCUGUGAGGUGACGUGCCAAUUGUCAUUUGUAUUGUGAGAAAGCAAAUGUGCAGCUGCUAACAGCGGCGUGCUGGGAGUCUGGGGCCUUGCCCGCUCGUGCGAGAUAUCUGGCGUGGCGUUUAGAUUGCCUUACGUCGAAUGAUUCCGGGUGUAUACAUUGUACUUAGUUGAGAGAGCUCUUUUGUUUCUAUUUUGGGGGAAGACUUUAGAAAAACCUCUGUAAGACUCCAAACACGGUGUGUGUAACUGGACAUUUGUUGUGAUAUGUAACUCAGUCUCAUUGGCACAGUAACAUUCAUUAGAGACCAGUUUUCAAUGUUCAGCCUCCAGUUUUGAGUUUGCUGCUACAGAAUGAAAGCCGAGGUUAAUGGCGCCAACUUGUGAGCAAUUAAAUUUUACUGUGCAAGUAACACUGUGAAUUGCAUACCGUUCUGUGAACACGUGGCAUUGCCCUGUGCAGUCGUGGCAAAUAUUACCAGACUGUUGCAACAAGUUAAGUGAUGUCAUAGAAAUCUUCACAUAGAAAAGGGGCGUGAUACUUGUGUGUAUUGUGUGUCUAAUAAUAUUGCAGUAUCAGAAGUGUGUAAGCUUCUGAGGACUAUAAGUACUGACCAUGAAGCGUGUACUAUAGCUUUGUUACUCUUUGUUUUAAAUAUUUUAUAUAUGUGUAUAUGUAUGUAUACAUAUUUUGAGGUGGUCUUUUUUAAUAUAUAAUUCCGUUUUUGGCAA